UGUGUCUACUGUUUUACAGAGAUCAGUGCUGGGACUGUGUUUGUGCUGAAGGGAGAGGAUGUGCUUCUGAAUGUCACGAAUGCUGAUGUUCUUCAGGAUGUUUUUAGUUUUUCAUGGAAAUUUAAUGAAAAAAAAAAUGUAUUAACAGUUAACUCUGGCAACAAACCAAAUGUAUUUCCUGAUUAUGCUGGAAGGGUUGAGUUUUCUGUGAACAAUUUCUCUGUGAAAUUGAAGAAUCUCCAAGAGGCAGACAGUGGAGUUUAUACUGCUGUAGUGAUAAAGCAUUCAGGAGACGUAACAGAAGCAGCUAAAUACAAUAUUAAAGUUCAAGAUCGAGCGUCUCUCCCUCUCCUCACAGUGAGCUCUGUCUCUGAAAGCUCUUCCUCCUGUAGCUUCACUGUGACCUGCAGCUCACAGGACUCUCACAUCAACAGCACUUUCACAUGUGACACCAGAACCUGCAGUCAGGAGGGAGGAGAGCGGUCAGAGGGGAUCCCUGAUACUUUUCUCCAGGUCUACCAAUCAAGUGGAUCGAUCAUCUGUAACCAUAGCAACCAUGUCAGCUGGACCAACGACACCAAAACAAUCAAAGACGUCUGCCACCAGCUUGAUGAUCCAGAGGGGUUAUCUGUGUGCCUGGUGAAGACGUGUGUGUUCUCUGUGGGUCUGAUCAUCAUGGUGUCUGCUGUCAUCACGGUUCAUCUCAUGGAGAAGCUCAACAAGAACAAAUAAACUCAUAGUUCUGGUUCCCAACCGGGGGUAGGGGGACCCCUAGGGGUAGUUGGGGGGAUUGCAGGAGGUACGUAGAAAGAUUAGGGGUUGCACAUUAUGUACACAAAAAAACCCAUUUCCAAAUCAAUUUUCAUAAUCCUGGUGUCCCGCCUCCAGACUUGUUGCAGUUUAUGAAAGACAGGCGAGCUCAAGUGUCUCUUUAAGAGCUCUAGUCUUAACAAAAGAUGUUGAAACUGCUAGAAGUGAGUCUUCAUUUUAUUACGUUCGCUCACAAUAUGUGUAAAUGUCAAGUUUAAAUGCAUUUAUAUUAAGGGUGAGUUAUAGAGUUACAAAAAGAAAAUCUAGGUGAAUCAUCCCAGCUGAGUGACGGGGUACCUACUAAAUAUAAUAACAGUAUAGAAUGGCGACCAGCUCAAAGUCUGGAACCAAUGCUACAUGCAACCAAUCUUACAUAAAUAGUAUCUCACUCUUUUAUAGAAACACUUAGAAAAGUGGGUUUUUUGACGAGUGAGUCCCUGUUUUAUUUGUGCAUGCAGAAGGCCUUAUGGGUACAACAUGUCUGCUGCUGAUUUGAUGAUAUUUCACUGAUCCACAAUUGGUGGAUCAGCAAACAUGAAUAUGAAUAUGUACACUUACAAUGUACUGUACAUGUGUACUGACAAUGGCUAGCACAUCGUGAUGUAAAAAUUGAUGCUCUGCAAGGAAAACACAGAAGGUAGCUUUCAAGAAAAUGCUGAAUGUUCUUGUUAAUCCAAUGAUUAUAUCAAGUCAUUGUUAAAAAAAAUGUGUUGGAUUCAGAUUACGGGGAUUUUCUAAAAACACAAAUAACAUCUUUAUUUGUAUGAUCACGAUUUAAAAGAUUUGUUUUGUUUUUCUUUGUGCAGUGUGUUUUAUUCUUAUUUACAUUUUUGAAUGAAAGCAUACAUGCGCCAUUUAAUAAAACUGUUGUAUUCCUAUAUUGUUCGUUAUCUAUUAUGUGUUCAUGCAAAUGGAAAAUUACUCACACAUAUGUUUUUGUUUUUUUGAGACAAUGUAUUCCUUUACAUUUACUAAUGACCUAACCAUCAGUAACUACUGUAAGUAUCUGAUAUUUAUAUAACCUAAACAAAUUACUUUCCAUUACUUUUGGGACAAAUCAAUAUCAAUGCAAUGCAAAUAAAUACAAUAAGGCUUUUACUUAGUGUUAA